CCCAUGUCCCUCUUCUACUCUCCAGAAUCCUCAAAGCAGCUCUCCAGAUGGAGUCAAUCCAUAGAUGGUCAAGAACAGAUCUGUCCUUAACAGUAAAAGUAAUGUCUCUAAACAGCCAUGCAUGCUCAUCAUGGACUCCCUCGCCUGCAGUGGAAGAUCAUCAGUGGUGCAGAUACUCCAAGAGUACUUACAAGAGGAAUGGAAGGUCAAAAUGGGCUCUGAACAGAGUUUUGGAAAUGGAGUGAUGAAUGGAUGGAGUCCCCUCGUCCCACAACAGGAUAACUAUACAGACUGUGGCAUCUACAUUCUGCAGUAUGUAGAGAGCUUCCUCAAGAGCUGCGGUGUAGCUGCGGGGUGCAAUGGAGGAUGGGAAGCCUGUGUGGGCGCCCCACCCAACCGACGGGUUCCAGCUGGGCAUGAUAGUGGAUAUCGGUGCGGAUGCCCUCACCAUAGAACCUCUCAAUCAGAGAGGAAAGACGUUCCUGGCCCCCAUCAAUCAAGUCUUUCCUGCUGAGGACGAUGUGAACAAACAUGUUGAAGACAACUGUUCUCUUAUGUAUUUAAAUGAGGCCACUCUUCUAAACAACAUCUGUGUCCGUUACAGCAAAGACUUGAUCUAUACGUCUGUGGCUAACAUCCUGAUUGCUGUGAACCCGUAUUUCGACAUCCCUAAACUCUACUCCCCAGAGACCAUUAAGAGCUAUCAGGGACGCUCUUUGGGGACACUUCCCCCUCAUGUCUAUGCUAUUGCGGAUAAAUCCUACAGAGACAUGAGGGUUCUGAAGAUGAGUCAGUCCAUCAUUGUGUCCGGUGAAUCGGGUGCUGGAAAAACAGAAAACACUAAGUUUGUUCUCAGGUAUUUAACCACAUCUUAUGGAACAUGUCAAGAUAUAGAUGAGAGGAUUGUUGAGGCCAACCCCUUGCUUGAAGCUUUUGGAAAUGCAAAGACUGUCAGGAACAACAACAGCAGCCGGUUUGGAAAGUUUGUGGAAAUUCACUUUAAUGAGAAGAAUGCAGUUGUGGGCGGAUUUGUCUCGCACUAUCUGCUGGAGAAGUCUCGGAUUUGCAUGCAGAGUGCAGAAGAGCGAAACUAUCAUAUAUUUUACAGACUUUGCGCAGGGGCAUCCGAGGACAUCAGGAACAUGCUUCAUCUCAACUCUCCGGACAACUUCCGGUAUUUGAAUCGUGGCUGCACCCGAUACUUUGCAAACAAGGAUUCAGAUAAACAGAUCAUGCAAAACAGGAAAAGUCCUGAGCACGGGAAGGUGGGUGCCCUGAAGGACCCUCUGCUGGAUGACCUGGGAGACUUCAACAGGAUGGUGGUGGCCAUGAAGAAAAUCGGCCUGGAUGACACAGAGAAGCUCAAUCUCUUCAGAGUGGUGUCUGGUGUCCUUCAUCUCGGCAAUAUCGACUUUGAGGAGACAGGAAGCACCUCUGGUGGCUGCAUUUUGAAGAACCAGACCAGUCAGACUCUUGAAUACUGUGCCGAACUCCUGGGCCUGGACCAGGACGACCUGAGAGUCAGCCUCACCACCAGGGUCAUGCUGACCACUGCAGGGGGCGCCAAAGGCACAGUCAUCAAGGUGCCGCUGAAGGUGGAACAGGCCAACAAUGCCCGCGAUGCCCUCGCCAAAGCCGUUUACAGCCGGCUCUUUGAUCAUGUGGUCAAACGGGUCAACCAGUGCUUCCCCUUUGAUACGUCCUCCAACUUCAUCGGCGUGCUGGACAUCGCUGGCUUUGAGUAUUUUGAGCACAACAGCUUCGAGCAGUUCUGCAUCAACUAUUGUAACGAAAAGCUGCAGCAGUUUUUUAAUGAACGUAUACUGAAAGAGGAGCAAGAGCUGUAUCAGAAAGAAGGCCUGGGAGUGAAUGAAGUUCAUUAUGUUGAUAAUCAGGACUGCAUAGAUCUGGUUGAGGCAAAGCUGGUGGGUAUUUUGGAUAUUCUGGAUGAGGAGAACCGUCUUCCCCAGCCUAGUGAUCAGCACUUUGCAGAGGCGGUUCACAGCAAGCACAAAGAUCACUUCCGUCUCACUGUGCCCAGGAAGUCAAAGCUUACAAUCCACCGGAAUUUGAGAGAUGAUGAAGGCUUCAUCAUAAGACAUUUUGCUGGCGCUGUAUGCUAUGAGACUACCCAGUUUGUAGAGAAGAAUAAUGACGCCCUCCACAUGUCUUUGGAGAGCCUGGUGUGCGAGUCGAAGGACAAGUUUGUCCGGGAUCUCUUUGAGAACAACUCCAAUUCCAAGGACUCAAAGCAGAAGGCUGGCAAACUCAGCUUUAUCAGUGUGGGAAACAAAUUCAAGACCCAACUGAACCUUCUACUGGAAAAGCUACGCAGUACAGUGAGUAAUGGUUCUAAGUGUCCCAGUUUAUACUCCUAUAUAUAUAUAUAUAUAUAUAUAAUACUCUGUACUUCUCUUCUCCUCUCAGGCAUGGUAUCAGUGCUGGACCUGAUGCAGGGUGGCUUCCCCUCCCGAGCUCCGUUUCAUGAGCUUUACAACAUGUACAAGCAGUACAUGCCCAACAAGCUCACAAGGCUUGAUCCUCGACUUUUUUGCAAAGCUCUGUUUAAAGCACUUGGCCUCAACAAGAAUGAUUACAAGUUUGGCUUGACCAGGGUUUUCUUCCGCCCUGGGAAGUUUGCAGAGUUUGACCAGAUCAUGAAGUCUGAUCCAGAGCACCUGGCCGAGCUUGUAAAGCGGGUCAAUAAGUGGCUGGUGUGCAGCCGCUGGAAAAAGGUCCAGUGGUGCACACUGUCAGUUAUUAAAUUGAGGAACAAAAUGAGCUUCAGGGCCAGUGCCUGCAUCAAGAUUCAGAAGACUGUUCGCAUGUGGCUAUGCAAAAGAAGACACAAGCCUCGCAUUGAUGGCAUGAUGAAGGUGAAAAAUUUAAGGAAGAGGAUGGAAAAAUUCAAUGAAGCUGUGAUUGGACUCAAAGAGGGAAAACAAGAAGUGAGCAAACAGGUUGAGGAACUGGCCGCCUCCACCGACGCCCUCAUGACCAAAAUCAAGUCUACGGUGAUGAGCCGCAAGGAGAUCGAGCAGGAGUAUGAGGGCCUGGUGAAACGCUCAGAGCAGCUCCUCUCCUCAAUGCAGAAGAAGAAGCAGGAGCAAGAGGAGACGGAGCGACUCAAGCGCAUCCAGGAGGAGAUGGAGAGAGAGCGGAAGAGGAGCGAAGAAGAGGAGCAGUUGCGCAAACAGGAGGAAGACGACCGCCGCAUGAAAGCCGAGAUGGAGCAGAAGAGGAAACAGGAGGAAGAGGAGAGAAAGAAAAGAGAAGAGGAAGAGCGAGUCAUGAAGGCUGAACUUGAGAUGCAGCUGGCAUUGGAGCGAGAGGAAGAGACUCAGAGACAGACCGUGUUUGAGCAGGAGAGGAGGGACAGAGAGUUGGCCAUGAGGAUCGCUCAGAGCGAGGCAGAACUCAUCCAGGAUGAAGCUCAAAUGGACCCCAGCUUGCGCAGGGGUGCGCAGGUGCACGCCAACAAGGUGGCAGCCGGGGUGAAGAAGAACGACUUGAGCAAGUGGAAGUACGCUGAGCUGCGAGACGCCAUCAACACCUCCUGUGAUAUAGAGUUGCUGGCGGCGUGCCGAGAAGAAUUUCAUCGUCGCCUGAAGGUGUACCAUGCCUGGAAAUCAAAGAACAAGAAGCAAAAUACAGACACAGAGAUGAGGGCUCCCAAAUCGGUCACUGACUAUGCCCAACAGAACCCCGCUCCACCCGUCCCAGUCCGGCAGCAAGAGAUUGCGAUGAACCGACAGCAACGUUACUUCCGCAUUCCCUUCAUACGACCCGCGGACCAGUACAAAGACCCCCAGAACAAGAAAAAAGGCUGGUGGUACGCUCACUUUGAUGGGCCCUGGAUCGCCAGGCAGAUGGAGCUUCAUCCAGACAAGCAGCCGAUCCUCUUGGUAGCAGGUAAGGACGACAUGGAGAUGUGUGAGCUGAGUCUGGAGGAGACCGGGCUCACGCGAAAACGUGGAGCGGAGAUCCUCCCGCGCCAGUUUGAGGAGAUCUGGGAGCGCUGUGGCGGAAUCCAGUACCUGAGGAACGCCAUCGAAAGCAAGCAGGCCCGACCCACCUACGCGACCGCCAUGCUCCAGAACCUUCUCAAGUGAACACCGACCGUUUUUCCUCUUGGUUUACGUUAUCUAUGCACGUGUAGAUGUAGACAGUAAAGUGGUGUAGCUAAAACAAAAGGCUGUACAACUCUAGUGGAAGCAAAUGCUGUCUAAUUGACUUUUUGUUUGUAGUUUGUAGUUUUUGUUUGUAGUUUGUUCUUCAUUUUGCUGUGAACUUAGAAAUCAGUCUUCAUACAAAUCUGAGCCUUGCUUGAACCUGUUGCUCAGAGAUGCCUUAAGAUUUUCAGACCUAAUUCAUAAUUCAAAGGGAUGUUAUUGAAAUAUCACACCCAUGUAAACCUGCUCAUAAAUCAAAAAUUUACUAGGUGUAAUCUGUAUAAAAAGGACAUUUCAGUGUGUAGCGAUAGACAGUUCUUUAAAACUACACAACAUAGUAUCAUAAUCAUUGUAUCAAUAUCAUAGUAUCACAACAAUAAACACAACACUCAUGCCUUUGUACUCUUUCAGUUGCAUUAUUGGUAAGGUGAUGUGUGUCAUUUGUUGCAUAUUAAAAUACAAUAACCACAAGGCAUUCCCCUAAAAAUGGCAUUUUAAAAUUGCCUUUGAGCGUCCUGACUAGCCCAUGCAACAUUGGCUCAAUCAAUGGCAUGGGUUUAGGGGCGGGACUAUCUGUUUAUUUGACAAAUGGCAACUGGAGGCAGUGUUUAUGCCUUUUUUUGCAGUUCCAUUAGCUAGUGCCGCAGAAAUGACACUUCAACUUUUAAAAAAUAAAAUUCUCAUAAGACUUAAAUGGUCAUUAUUGUGGAGAAACAUUUAAUAUUUUAAUACACUGAAUAACUAUUCAAAGUAUCUUUAAUCUAAUCAGAUGAUGGGGGGGAAAGGUUAAUGAGGAACAUGCACUGGAAUAUCAUUAGGUUGUAAAUGUGGUAAUAAUGGCAGUGUUGUUUCCAAAACAUACACCAUCUGAAAUUGCCUUUACAUAUAUUUGAUAAUGAAUUGUAUAGAUGCACUUAAAAGCAGCUUCAGUUCAUUAAAAGGGGAUAGUCACUGCUGUCGUGCAUGGUUUUGCUCAGCAAUUUUGUACUUAAAUCAUGGUGAUAUGCUAAAGGGCAUAUUCAUUUCUGUUCAGUGAACUGAUAAUGGCACCUUUGUUAAUGAUUUGCUGUGAAUUCUCUCGGCGUGUGUGGUAGAUUUCUCUCAUUUUUACAUUUAUGUACCAACUCAAGGAGAAAAAUUUGUUUAAAUGAGCUUGUACUCUGGAGUGUCUCGUUAUGCACUCCUCUGGCCCUUUAAUAUCUCAUUUGGUAAUAACUGCCCGAAGAACGGAAGCAAUGGAAACAGCAAUGACAUUCUAAACAUUCUGCAAACUUGGUACAGACCAAAUUGCAGCAUUUGAUCAAUUUGCUGUCAUUAUCCAGACUUUGUUUAUUCAUAUGCUAAUGUUUUUCUCCAUUGAGCCCUUUCCAAAUAAAAACGUGUCAUCUCAAACUGUAAGUUUAUCCAUAUUAUAAUUGAUUAUAGUUAAUUAUUUUUUUCUUGACUGUGUUUAUCUUUGAUGUGUCUGGGUUAAAUAUACUCUGAUUUUCUUAUUUUUGACUGGCCAUUGUUACUCUGAUCACUUUGCUAGACCAAAAUAAACAUUCCAUAUG